AUGUCGUCGACUGGUGGGGGUAUGAAUUCGGCCCCUUCGGCCGGCAUGCCAUCCGGCGGUGGAGGAGGGAAUGGUGGUGCGGCUUCCUCGUCGUCGUCAGGGAAUGGUGGAGCAUCGCUGAUUCCCUAUCAGCCCAAGGUAUUUUGCGGGUUUAUAGCAUUGGUGGGUCGGCUAUUUUACGACGACGCAGGCAUUGUGUUGUUAGACUUCUUUGCGAAGGAGCAGCGUGCAUUCAGCGAAGCGGAGUUGAAGGAGGUAUUGCGGUGGCGGGAGAACUUGUUGCUGCAGCAGUUGGCCAAGUUGGAGCAGCAGUUGCUGCUGGAGAGGGUGAUAGAGGCUGAGCGGGGCAGUCGGACGGUGUAUUUAUGGCGUUUGCAUCCGCACGUGUGUGUGGCGAUAGAGUGGCGCUUGAAGUCGCUUUUGGAGGCUCUCCAGAGCGAAGUGGACACCGCCACGCAGCAGAAUACUCUGGUCUGCCCUCAGUGCCAAGUGAACGUGAGCUUGCUGGACGCAGCCUGCGGACCCAAAGCGCUGGAGGACGACCACCCCUUAUGCAGCGUCUGCCAGUCUAAGCUGACUACGUGCAACUCCGAGCAAGCACGACAGUUGGCCGAAGACCGACUUGCCAGAGCACACAAGUCUUUAGACGGACUCCGUACGUACCUUGCCAGGGUGAAAAACAUGGAAGUGCCUUCAUUCACCUCCGAAAGAUAUCAGCCGCCGGCCGAACCGGCCAACGAACCAUGUGCGCAAGAGGCGAAGCCUCCAAACCCGCAACCCAGUAAAGAUAACACGUCGAGUUCGGCGGUGGGUGGCGUGGACGGUGAAUCUUCAGACGUGUCGCGGGCCAUUCCCUGGUUCAUGCCUGCACAGACACCGGGGGCCGGCGCUGGAGCCGUGCCUAUGGCGAUGGCCGCUGGUGCCGGGUCGGGUCCACAAGCAACCAAGAGUCAGGCCGCCGUGUCCUUUGGACGUAGUGGUUCAAGACACUCCAUGGCUUCGGCCGCGUUGAGCGCCUCCAGCGCCUUGGCCAGUGCCAGUCGUGCCGGAGCUUUUGAGAGCGCGUUGGGCGCUUCCUCACUGCACGGGGCGCCGUCUCUGAGCGGCACGUCGUUUUCUGGCCAACCUCUUACUGGUCAGUCCUUGACUGGUCAGUCGUUGACUGGUCAGUCCUUGACUGGUCAGUCCUUGACUGGCACGUUUGGCUCUAUGGGGCUUGGCUCUACUCCAACGGGCUUGGUCAGCGGCCCUCUCCCCGGAAUGGGUACUCCAAUGGGCAUUAGUCCUCUGGGUGUGGGCAGGACGCCCCUUUCCCUGUCUCUCGCCCCGGGCGGUAGCGGCUCCCAGGUCAGCGGAUCGGGCCUCAGCGGACCCGGAGCAUUCGGAGCUCACAAGACUACCAUUAAACCCAAAAUCUCUCUAACCGCCACAGGUCCAGGCCUCGGUGCCAGCAUGAGACUGCAAGGUUCGCUUCUUGGUGCGGCCCCCAAACCCUUCUCGCUACCCCUCAAAGGCGCUCGAUCUGAGUAA